AUGCUUGCUAGGUUCGUAAAUUCAUUGCCACACGGCCUUUCACAGCGAUUAACUAGACUUUAUUUUCAGGCCUUAGUCUGGAAUCAACGCACAAGUCACAGCAGUCAAGAACAUCACCAAUACAAAACUAUGGAUAUUAAAAUUUUGCCAGCUCUAAAAGAUAACUACAUGUAUCUGAUUGUUGAUAAGACAACUCAAGAAGCGGCUAUUGUGGACCCUGUUGAACCUAAUACUGUUUUAAAGGCGGUUCAAGAUCAAGGUGUAAAACUAACUAAAAUUUUAACAACACAUCAUCAUUGGGACCAUGCAGGUGGAAAUGAGGACUUGGUAAAAAUGCUUCCCGAUUUACAAGUUUAUGGUGGUGAUGAUCGUAUUGGAGCAAUAACACACAAAAUUGAACAUAAUUCUAAAUUCAACAUUGGUAACUUGAAUGUACUCUGCUUAUUUACACCGUGUCAUACUGCUGGUCAUAUUUGUUAUUUUGUGACAUCUCCAGAAGAAUCUAGUGAUUCUGCUGUCUUUACAGGUGAUACUUUAUUCCUGGGUGGCUGUGGAAGGUUUUUUGAAGGCACUGCUGAACAAAUGCACAAAGCCUUAAUUGAUAUUCUUGGGAAUCUUCCAGAACAAACUAAAGUGUUUUGUGGCCAUGAAUACACACUGCAAAAUCUGAAAUUUGCAGCAUAUGUGGAACCAAAAAAUGAGCAUAUUAAGAGUAAAAUAGAAUGGUCUCACCAGCAAAGACACGAUGGCAAGCCUACUGUUCCAUCAACAAUUCUUGAAGAGAAACAAUAUAAUCCUUUUAUGAGAGUAACUGAAAAAUCAGUUAUGGAGCAUGCCAAGAGAUCAGAUCCCAUUGAAACUAUGAGGACAAUUCGUCUUGAAAAGGACAAUUUUAAAGUCUGA